ACGUUAACAAUGCGCAAGAUGAAAUCAUGGAUAACCUGCAACAACUUCAAAAUCACGUUAGUGCUGAAAACUCCAGCAAGACAAUCGCGAGGAAUGAACUGGCGCCGCAUUCACCUUGGGGUCCAAUGACUAUCAUCAUAGCGAGUUUCCUCGUCGUUGUGAUAUGCCUUGCCACAGUUGGUAACCUUGUGGUAUGUCGACUUGUCUGGGUUUGUCGGCGCAUGCAGAUCCCGUCACUGUACUUUGUGGCUAGCAUGUCAUUUUCUGAUUUCCUCACGGGUUUGCUGGUUUUGCCGCUAAGUUUGGGCUACCACAUUAGUUAUCAGAAUACAGGUCGAUGGACUUUUGGUCGAUUCACCUGCGACCUCUAUUUAUUCCUGAACUUUAUUCUGUGCAGGCCAGAUAACUACUACAUCACCUCAAACAAAAAAUUACCAUAA